GACGAUCCCAGGAACGAGAGAGAGGGAGAGAUGUGCUUGCCCCACUUUCCGCUCUGCGCAACGGGGUCGCCAGCAUCAUUCAUGGAUUUCUCGCAGAUGAACGAAGAGCCCGACGUCGAGUACUUUGACGAGCUUGAACUACAGGAGAGCAGCCACGAGCUGUUGCUGACCAAGGCACAACACGGAGCUUCGCCAGCUUCGUCCACGACGAAUGCAAUGGCCGACAAGGUGGCGGCGACUCCACACACCGCCAAGCCGUCGCACGGCCUGUCGUACCGACCCGACAUUGACGGCCUCCGCACACUCGCCGUUGUCCCGGUCGUGCUCUUCCACGCAUACCCAGACAUGUUUCCAAGCGGGUUCAUCGGCGUCGACAUCUUCUUUGUCAUCUCGGGCUACUUGAUCUCGGGCAUUCUCCUCAAGGAAUGCAAGGCCGGGACGUUCACGUACUACGGAUUCUACAGCCGCCGCCUGCGCCGGAUUUUCCCGAUCCUGCUCCUCGUCAUGACGACGACGCUGUGGAUGGGAUGCCUCUACCUCCUCGCGACCAGCCUCAAGGCGCUCGCGGCCACGAUGCUGGCCGGGGUACUUUGA